CGCACACACACACACCGUGUCGUCGUACCUUCGUGAGUAAAUCCUUCUGCGCUCCAUUCUGCGUCCUGACCGCCGGAGAGAGGAGACCUGCCUGAAGAGCGACCGGACCGACCGUUGGACAACAUGCUUCCUGAGCUGCUCUGGGUGCUGCUGGCGCUGAGCGUCGCGGCUCAAGACGCUCUGGACCCGGAGCUGGAGCACUCCAGGACCAUCUACAUCACAGAGAACGGGCCUCGGCUCUCCGUGGCGGCCGAACCGCUGAAGGUGGAGUCUCGGCGCGGAGGGAACGCCACGCUGCCGUGCAGCAUCCGCAUGGACCAAUCACAGGCGCCCAGCCGGAAGAUGAGGAUCAAAUGGACCAAGCUGACGUCAGACUACCUGAAAGAGGUGGACGUCUUCGUCUCCAUGGACUACCACAAGCGGAGCUACGGCAGCUUCCACGGACGCGUCCACCUGCGGGGCUCCUCCCCCUUGGACGCCUCCCUGGUCAUCACGGACAUCACCCUGGAGGAUCACGGGAGAUAUAAGUGUGAGGUCAUCGACGGGCUGGAGGACGGGACGGUGGUGGUGUCCCUGGACCUGGAAGGCGUGGUCUUCCCCUACUUCCCCCGCCUCGGCCGCUACAACCUCAACUUCUACGACGCCGAGCGGGCGUGCCGGGCCCAGGACGCCACCGUGGCCUCCUUCGACCAGCUGCACGCGGCGUGGCGAGGGAAGCUGGACUGGUGCAACGCCGGCUGGCUGAGCGACGGCUCGGUGCAGUACCCCAUCACCACCCCCAGGGAACCCUGCGGGGGCAAGGACACGGUGCCGGGGGUCCGGACCUACGGCCUGAGGGACAAAGAGAAGAACCACUACGACGUGUACUGCUUCACCGCCCACUACAAAGGGCGGUUCUACUUCCUGGUCCAGCCCUCCAAGCUGACGUACGACGAGGCGGUCCGGGCGUGCCGGCAAGACGGCGCUCAGAUCGCCAAAGUCGGCCAGAUGUUCGCCGCCUGGAAGCUGCUGGGCUACGACCGCUGCGACGCCGGCUGGUUGGCCGACGGCAGCGUCCGGUACCCCGUGUCCCGCCCCCGGCGCCGCUGCAGCCCCACGGAGGCCGCCGUCCGCUUCAGCGGCUUCCCGGACAAGAAGCACAAGCUGUACGGAGCGUACUGCUUCAAGGGCCACGCCUGAGCGGCACACACACACACACACAUGGGCAUGCACACACACACACACAUGGGCAUGCACACACACACACAUGGGCAUGCACACACACACAUGAGCAUGCACACACACACAUGAGCAUGCACACACACACAUGGGCAUGCACACACAUGAGCAUGCACACACACACACACAUGAGCAUGCACACACACACACAUGAGCAUGCACACACACACAUGGGCAUGCACACACACACAUGAGCAUGCACACACACACAUGGGCAUGCACACACACAUGAGCAUGCACACACAUGAGCAUGCACACACACACACAAUGGGGCAUGCACACACACACACACACGAGUGGACAGAGACCUUUAUGAACGACCACAAACUGCUUCAUAGAAACAUUGUUAGCUGAAGAGUUUACACAUAUUUAAAGUUUAUAUCAUUUAACCAAAAACGUUGGUUGAAUUGGCACAAAAUCACAAGAUCACAAGAUAUCAGAGCGAUACUGUGAUUCAAUGGACACGUCAUACGAGAAGAGACCUACAGCUGAUCUGAGAACAGGUUCAGAGAGCUGCGAUGUCAUGAUGUGAUGUCAUGAUUGUAUUAUGUGAUUGUGAUGUCAUGAUUGUAUUAUGUGAUUGUGAUGUCAUGAUGUGAUGUCAUGAUUGUAUGAUGUGAUUGUUAUGUCAUGAUGUGAUGAUCGUGAUGUCAUGAUGUGAUGAUCGUGAUGUCAUGAUGUGAUGAUCGUGAUGUCAUGAUGUGAUUGUUAUGUCAUGAUGUGAUGAUCAUGUCAUAAUGUGAUGAUCGUGAUGUCAUAAUGUGAUGAUCGUGAUGUCAUGAUGUGAUGAUCGUGAUGUCAUGAUGUGAUUGUUAUGUCAUGAUGUGAUGAUCAUGAUGUCAUAAUGUGAUGAUCGUGAUGUGAUUGUUAUGUCAUGAUGUGAUGUCAUGAUUACAUUAUUUGAUGUCAUGAUUGUAUUAUGUGAUCGUGAUGCCAUGACUUGAUGUGAUGUCAUCACAGCAGCGCACAGCAAGGUGCUACGACCGGUACUUUGUACUUCAUCCAGUAUUUUAUGUUUUUAUACAAAACAAUGUUUAUGUUUUCUAAGUAGAAUGUUAUUAUCUAGAACUGUACUUGUGACUAUUCUCUUUAUAGACUACAUUUUUAUUAUUUUGUCUUAUUGGCCAAACUCUCAGAGUUUCUUUGGUUUCCAUGAAGCGUAACAGAGCAUCAGAAGAAGAGGAGACACCGAGCAGCCGCUCAGCGUGUUGACAGGAACAGCUGCUCGGCUCCACGGCUUCCAGAGCUCGGCUAGCUUCCACGAGCACCUCUGGCCUCCGUAUGUGACCUCUGGCCUCUGUAUGUGACCUUUGGCCUCCGUAUGUGACCUCUGGCCUCUGUAUGUGACCUCUGGCCUCCGUAUGUGACCUCUGGCCUCUGUAUGUGACCUCUGGCCUCUGUAUGUGACCUCUGGCCUCCGUAUGUGACCUCUGGCCUCUGUAUGUGACCUCUGGCCUCUGUAUGUGACCUCUGGCCUCCGUAUGUGACCUCUGGCCUCCGUAUGUGACCUCUGGCCUCUGUAUGUGACCUCUGGCCUCUGUAUGUGACCUCUGGCCUCUGUAUGUGACCUCUGGCCUCCGUAUGUGACCUCUGGCCUCCGUAUGUGACCUCUGGCCUCUGUAUGUGACCUCUGGCCUCUGUAUGUGACCUCUGGCCUCUGUAUGUGACCUCUGGCCUCCGUAUGUGACCUCUGGCCUCUGUAUGUGACCUCUGGCCUCCGUAUGUGACCUCUGGCCUCCGUAUGUGACCUCUGGCCUCUGUAUGUGACCUCAUUAAGUGUUGUACGAUCUUUUCUUGAACCUAACUAAGUAAAUUCCUUAGAAGACAGCAGUUUCUAGAGUCAUUUAAAAAAGAGACUGAGCCAGACGACUGUUGGACGAAGACGACGUCGGGGACAGAAUCACAGAUUUCCAGCGUACGAUUAGCGAAGGAAAAACACUUUCAGGAAACCUGUUGGGCGAUGUGGGGGCGGAGCUUCAAGGAUGCAGCGUUAAUAAUGUGACGAUACAUAUUGACCCAAACAAACAUCAUUUAACAUGUGAAAAGUCGCAUUAAGAGGACGUGAAGAACGUAGAUUUAUGUUGGUGUCCAGAUUAAAGAAUAGUUUAUGAGUAAAACUAAAACUCAGAUUGAAUCUUUGUUACAUUUGAGGCAUCAGCCGGUUAGCUUAGCAUAAGGCCUGUGAGCAGCUAGCUUAGACUACAUCCACAAACAAUCCGCUCUAAAGUGACGAAACAGGAAGUGAGCCAGGUAGCUAGGCGUGUUUUGUUAGCGAUGGACUAGCUGUUUCCCCCUUUAUGCUAAGCUAACUGCCUGCUUGUUUAGGCUUCAUAUUAGACGCAUUACACUUCUCAGCGAUUAUAUUUCCCAAAAUGUCAAAACUAUUCCUCCUGCAUCUGCAGGAGCUUCCUUUGCUUUCCUCUGGUGUGACCUCGUCUUGUUCGGAGCGUUCAGACGGAACUUCUGACAAUAAACGCGUUGACCCCGGA